AUGCUGCGCGAUGCCUAUUUCCAGUCACAGAUUGGCGACAGGCGUGCUGCUGGUGUUGCCGGAGUACUUGCUUCAUUUUUUCUUCACUUUCCUUUUCGCAUUAUCGUUUCAAUUCGGCGGCGUCUGUUGGAAUUUACCGCUGAUUGCUUAUCACGUUCACAGCUGGUGUUGCCGGAGUACUUGCUUCAUUUUUUCUUCACUUUCCUUUUCGCAUUAUCGUUUCAAUUCGGCGGCGUCUGUUGGAAUUUACCGCUGAUUGCUUAUCACGUUCACAGAUAUAUGCACCGGCCAGUAAUGUCGGGGCCAGGAAUAUACGAUCCAACUACAAUUUUUAACCAGGACGAGCUACAGAAGACACUGAGAGAAGGUUGGAUAAAACUCGGCUUUUAUCUCAUAUCUUUCUUCUAUUAUUUAUAUUCCAUGAUACACACAUUGGUUACAUCUUCGUCAUAA